AUGGCCGUCAGGAGUCCAUGGACAGAAUCGCUGUUUUCUCUCAACGCCCGUAUCCUGGCCAUCGCAGGCAUCUUCGCUCCCCCUCGGUCCAGACUGUACUUCCUGUACACGGGAUGGAUGUUCUUCACGCAACUCAGCCUUAUCGUGGGCCAGCUACAAGGCCUGUGGUUCUUCUGGGGCGACGUGGACAAGAUAACUCUCGACAUCUGCCUGCUGGUUGCGGCAGUUUUGGGCGUCAUUAAGAUCGUGACUUUUCUGCGGAAGAAAGAGAGCUUUUUUCGGAUCGCCAACAAACUGGACGACUUAACAGCGCGGCAACUCGACGCCGGUGAUCCGGAGACGUGCUCCAUUUUGGACGCGUCCAGGAAGGCGGCCUGGUCGCUGACGGUGUACGUGACGCUGCUGGGCUGUCCCUCCCCUGCCGUGUGGACGGCUUCGCCCUACCUCAUGGCCCUAUUGGGUGCGGGGUCGUCCCACAGGAACCUGCCAGCCGCCGCGCGCUACACGGCCGCCGACACCGACAGCCCGCUUUUCGAGUGUCUGACGGCGCUGCAGUUCUUCAGCAUGCAAUACAGCUACUUCACCACGGUGGGCGUCGACAUGCUCAUCGUCAGCAUCAUGGUACACGCCUCUGCGCAGCUCGAGGUGCUGAACGUCGUAUUUGGCAGACUCGGCAAGUCAGUCAGCGCCAGGAACAGUUAUCGGGCGGACAUCUACAGCUCUGGUACGAGUACCUCUGUAAGCUACCCAAUAUCAGGUCAAGAAAACAGACCGGAGACGUGGAGGAGGAAGAAGUUUUACAAAGAACUGCGCGACUGUAUUCGACACCACCAGGAUGUCAUACAGUGA